AUGGACCCUCAUAAAGUCGAUUCUAUUCAACAAUGGAAAGUACCUACUAAUAAAGAUUUGUUACAAGGUUUCUUAGAAUCAGUAGGGUAUUUAGCACCCAAUAUACCUCAGUUACACAUUUCUACAGGUAUUUUAUCAAAGAUUGCAGGAGAAACUGCAUUUUUCAGAUGGACAUUCACUGAACAGCAAGUGUUUGAUCAAAUAGUAAAGCUAGUAUUGGAUUUCAGGCAUAAUCACAGGAUAGUAUUGGACUAUAGUAAGAAUGCACCACCUAUCAACAUUGUUACAGACACUUUGGCUUCAGGAAUUGGAGGAAUAGUCAGCCAAGGUCAUGAUUGGAAAGAUUCCAAGAUAGCAGCAUUUUUCUCAGUGAAAUUAAACCCUGCACAACAGAAUUACCCAGUACACAAUGUAGAAUUACUAGCAGGAGUAGAAACUAUGCUAAGACACAAGAAUCUACUACAAGGAAUGCAUUUCUUUUGGUAUACCAAUCACAGAGCAUUAGAACACAUUCUAAGGCAACCAGUAUUAAGUGGAAGACAAGCUAGAUAG